UCAUGUCAAAAAUUCAAAGAAAUGGCCAAGCAGAUUCCUCCAAUACGUCGUCUUCGCCAAGCAAUCGACCACGAAAACGAUUUAAGAAAUGCUGUAGAAAUUUUGUUACAUUCAUGUGUACACAAGUGGGUGUUGGUGCUCUCAUCGUAAUAUAUGCUAUAUGCGGGGCAUUUUCCUUCAGGAAAAUUGAAGGGGAAUCCGAAGAUACUAAAGAGGCCGAGGUUGCUGGAUUGCGUAGUACAUGUGCCGAGGAACUCUGGAAUAUAACCGAGACGUACAACACUCUUGAUAAACCAACAUGGCAGAAUAGCACAGACAUAAUUCUACAAAACUAUCAGAGACAAAUUGCCACCAUAAUAAAACAGGGCUAUGAUUAUAGAAAACCUGCUGAUAUUUGGUCGUUUCCAGCGGCACUGAUGUUUUGUUUAUCGGUUAUAACUAUGAUAGGCUAUGGUAAUAUGGUCCCACGAACCCCAUGGGGUAAGGGUUUUACUGUAAUUUAUGCAACUUUUGGAAUACCCUUGUAUAUUCUGUAUUUCUUGAAUAUGGGCAAAGUUUUGGCUAGAUCAUUUCAGUUCCUGUAUCGAAGUUUACAUGAAUGCACUCACGAACGUUCCAUUGUAGAUCAUCGUUUAGAGGCUCUGGAAAAUGGCAGCUUACGCAGCCUACAUCGAAAGAAAAUAAUUGUACCAUCAACAGCAUGCCUAUGGGUUAUUAUAUUCUAUAUACUCACUGGCACAAUUAUGUUUGCCAAUUGGGAGAAAUGGUCGUUUCUAAAUUCAUUCUAUUUUUGCAUGACAUCGCUAUGCAAAAUCGGAUUCGGCGACUUUGUUCCUGGCGCUUCCUUGGUCACAGGGUCGCUUAUUGCCGAAACUAGUAAAAAAGUUCAGGAAGAUCCCACUAUCGACCCUAAUGCCGUAACAAAAUUGCAAAGGUCUAUUGCCGAACAGCACUCUAAACUGGCAAUCAACUUUAUUUACAUGUUAAUUGGAAUGGGCCUUGUGGCCAUGUGUUAUAACCUUAUGAGAGAAGAAGUGCGUGUAAAACUGAAGGAGCUAAAGGAAGAUACCAAACUUUGUCUGGACGAUACACGUAGCCGUUUCGUAGGCUGCUGUGGAGGUCGUCAUCGGGACGUUUAUGAUGACGAUGAUGAUGAUGGAGAUGAUUACUAUUAAAGUUGUGU